AAGAGCAAAGCCGUCCCUCGCGCACGCAACAGGUCUCGGCGACGCGCUGGUGGAUUUUACAGCGAAAGCGUUUUCAAGGCUACGGUCCGUCAGCGAGGGCCGGCCGGCUGCUGGCUGCUGGCAUAGUAAGCGUCGCGGCGGGCGCGCUGACCACACGCGAUGAACGCCGCCAAGCCGUUCCCCGGGCCCAGCCCCAAGGCGUCCGCCGGGCACGUCUCCAAGCUUUUCUUCUGGUGGAUGAGAAAGCUUGCGUGGAAAAGCUACAAGGAAUCUCUCACCGAAGAGGAUUUACGUGAGCCGUUGGAAACCGACAAGUCGAAGCGCCUUGGAGAUGAGCUCGAGAGGAACUGGCUAUCCGAGGUGGAGAAAGCAACAGCUAAAGGGCGAAAACCGUCUCUGCUGUUAGCCAUAAUGAAAACCUUUUGGCUUCAGUACCUUGGCUGCGGUAUUGUUCUCCUGAUCGAGGAACUGGUUUUCAGGGUAGCGCAACCCAUCAUGCUUGGGCAGAUCGUGGAGCACUUUACGCAGGGCAGCAGCAUGACGUCGGGAGAGGCGUGUGCGUAUGCAGCGGCGCUAUGCAUCAUCGUUUUCGUCAAGAAUUGCUUCUACCACCACUACAUGAUGCUGGCGCAGCUGGUCGGCAUGCGCAUCCGCGUUGCCUGCUGCUCCCUGCUCUACCGCAAGGUUCUGCGACUGAACAGGCAGGAGCUGGAUCAAGCAGCGACCGGGCAGAUCCUCAACCUGAUGACGAAUGACGUGAGCCGCUUCGACCAGGCGCUGCAGUUCGGCCACUGGAUCUGGCUCAGCGUGCUGCAGGUUAUCGUCAUCACCUUCUGCCUCUACCAGUAUCUCCAGGAGGCAGCCAUCAUCGGAUUCGUCUGUAUAUUCAUCCUGACAAUGCCUCUGCAAGGUUUUCUGGGCCGUGUGUCGGCAGGUUUGAGAAAGAAGAUUGCGGUGCUCACAGAUGACCGCAUGCGGCACAUGAACGAGAUCGUCAACGGCGUUAGAGUCAUAAAGAUGUAUGCUUGGGAGAGAGCUUUUGCCAAAAUCGUCGCCAUUACAAGAAAGAAAGAGAUAAGCAAAAUCGUCCAGUCUGCAUAUUUGAGAGCCUUCAUAAUAUCUUCGAUCGUUUUCAUCGAGAGAAUAUCCACAUUUGUGACGCUGUUUUCUUACUGGAUGUUUGGAAAUGUGAUUAAGCCGAACAAGGUUUUUGUGCUGGCACAGUAUUACAACAUUCUUACACUGACGCUCACAUACUUCUUCCCAAUGGGCAUAUAUAGUUGUGGAGAGUGUCAGGUGUCUAUAAAAAGAGUACAGGAAUUUCUUGAUAAACGAGAGGAAUUGUCUGUAGAUGAAGAAGGUGUUGGUAAAGGAGAAAUUAGAAUGGACCAUGCAACAGCCUGCUGGAGUGCACCACAAGAAACUCUAAAUGAUGUGUCCAUGCAUGUACUGCCUGGCAGCUUAUGUGCUGUAAUUGGGCCUGUGGGAAGUGGAAAGAGUUCUCUUCUUUACUCAAUUCUUGGAGAAUUACGGUUGAAAAAUGGAUCAGUUGCUCGUAGAGGUACAGUAGCUUACGUAAAUCAAGAGCCGUGGGUUUUCACAGGAACUGUAAAGCAAAAUAUUCUAUUUGGACAGCCGUUUGACAGCCAUAAAUACAAAGAAAUAGUCAGAGUGUGUUUCUUAGAAAGGGAUUUCCAGUUGCUGCCAAAAGGAGAUGAAACCAUAGUAGGAGGAAGAGGCAUUAAUCUUAGUGGAGGACAGCGAGCACGAAUUAAUCUGGCAAGGGCUGUAUACAGCAAUGCUGACAUUUAUCUUUUAGAUGAUCCUUUAUCAGCAGUUGACACGCAUGUUGGAAAACAUCUGUUCAAUGAAUGUAUAUGUGGGUAUUUAGAACAAAAAACCAGGAUUUUAGUGACACAUCAGCUGCAGUACCUCCAGAAAGCAGAUCAUAUUGUAAUUCUGAAUAAUGGAAGUGUUGAGACACAAGGUAGCUUUGGUGACAUAGUGUCAAGUGGCCUUAAUUUUGCAAAACUACUAUCAGAUAAAGAUGAUCCUGAUGAAGAAAAUGAUGGUGAUCAAAUGCUUGGAAAAGUUGAAGAAAGGCUCAUCAGACGUUCAGUGCGGAUCGGCUCUAAGAGGAACACUGAUGUCCAUGUUCCAAACAGAGGAGAUACAUCUGAAUUAGCUGAAGUGAGUGUGUUGCUGGAAGAAAGUGGUAAGGUGCUUGAUGAUGACCAGGAAGAAAAAAUUGGAGAAGGAUUCACAUGGUCUACAUAUUGGCAUUAUUUCAGAGCAGGAGGAAAUGUUUGCACACUUGCAGUCAUUCCUUUCUUUUUCUUGAUUGCUCAAAUUACAACAAGUGGGUCUGACUACUGGUUAACAUACUGGUCAAAUACGGAAGCGGAAAGAUAUUCUACUAGUGGAUAUCAUGUGACAACAAAUGAUACAGAUCAGGACAAGGCAGAGCUGUGGGAUCGCGAGCCGACGAGUGAAACGUUUGUAGAAGGGUAUGGUGUUCUUGUAGCGGGCUGUGUAGUUCUCACCCUGCUUCGUUCUGCAGCUUUUUUCAAACUGUGUAUGCGCGCAUCUCGAAACCUGCAUAACAGGGCAUUUGAAGCAUUACUACUUUCAAAAAUGCGUUUUUUUGAUACAAAUCCAUCUGGUCGAAUCCUCAAUCGGUUCUCAAAAGAUGUAGGAGCAAUGGAUGAACUUUUACCACAGGCUAUGCUCUUCAUGACUCAGAUAUAUUUAACUUUGUGUGGGAUAAUGGUAAUGGUUAUCAUCGUCAACUAUUACCUUAUUAUUGCCAUUGUCAUCUGUGCUGUCUUCUUCUACUACAUCUCAAUUGUUCUAAUAUCAACUGCUAGAGAGGCCAAGAAACUUGAAGCAAUGAAAAGAAGCCCUGUAUUUUCACAUCUCUCAGAUUCUCUUAAUGGUCUUAGCACCAUUCAUGCAUCUGGUACCCAGGGAAAAAUCUGUGAUGAGUUUGACACACAUCAGGAUCAUCACACUGCAGGCUGGUUUUUAUUCAUAACAACUGGUAUAACUUUAGGAUUCUGGCUUGAUUUUCUAAAUGCAAUUUUUAUUACUGUGGUAACAUUCAGUUUUCUCAUCCUUGAAUCUGCUGUGACAUUCUUGGGAGGAAAUGUUGGUCUUGCCAUAACACAGUCCCUUGUUUUGACUGGUAUGCUUCAACAUGGAAUACUGCAGAUGUCAGAGACAGUCAGUCAGAUGACAUCAGUGGAACGUAUUCUAGAAUACACACGUAUUGAGCCAGAGACAAGCCUGGAAACAAAUGAUGAAAAUGUACCUGAGGAAACGUGGCCUUCAAAGGGAAUGGUGACAUUUAGGAAUGUUAAUCUCAAAUAUACUGUUAAUGAUCCUCCUGUUCUGAAGAAUUUAAACUUCACUAUUGAGGCUGGAUGUAAGGUUGGUAUAGUGGGACAGACUGGUGCUGGGAAGUCUUCAAUAUUAACAGCAUUAUUCAGACUAGCACCUGUGGAAGGAAUAAUUCUAAUUGAUGGCAUAGAUACAGCUAAAAUAUCCCUACAUAAUCUACGAAGAAAGGUGUCAAUAAUUCCACAAGAGCCAGUUUUAUUCUGUGGGACAAUGCGUUACAAUCUGGAUCCCUUUGAUGAAUUUGAGGAUGCACAGCUGUGGAGUGUCCUGGAAGAAGUGGAAUUAAAAAGCAGUGUGCAGAGUCUAGAGGAUCCUGUGACAGAAGGGGGAAGUAAUUUCAGUGUUGGACAAAGACAGCUGAUAUGCUUAGCUCGAGCAAUACUCAGGAACAACAAAAUCAUAGUGCUGGACGAAGCAACUGCUAAUGUUGAUCUUGAGACAGAUGCACUGAUCCAGAAAACCAUGAGAAGAAAGUUUGACAACUGCACUGUUCUAAUUAUAGCUCACAGACUUCACACAGUGAUAGAUGCAGACAGAAUACUAGUCAUGGAUGCAGGAAGACUUAUGGAAUUUGAUCACCCGUACAUUCUGCUGCAAAACAAAAGUGGCUUCCUGCACAAAUUGGUCCAAGAAACUGGCAAGAAUAUGGCAGAACAGCUACAGACUGCAGCUGAACAGGCUUUCAGCAAAAAGUCAUCAGUGAAUUUAAGCAGUAUUUCAUAUUAGUGGUGGUAUGAUUACUGCUACAGGGCUGCAACUCCAUGACUUCCAUGGAGUGAGACAUGAUAUGUCUGAAUUUCACUGCAUUUUGAUACUGUGUUACUGAUUACUACACAGUUGUCAAAACUAUUACCCAAAGAGAAUACGCUACACUGGCAGACAUUAUCCCUGUGUUAAUAAUAAAAUAAUGUUCUAUGUGUAGCCUUAUUAUGCUUUAUUUAAAUUUGGUAACUUCCAAGAAGACAGGUUUGUCUCUAUGUUGUGUUAGUUACUGACAGAAGUUUAAUGUCUAAUAAAACACAUAAUGUUCCUGUAAUUAGAUAAAAAAUUAUUUUGUGACAUUUAAUGUACAAUGUUGUGAUAAUUUGUGAGUGUGUAACAGAAAUUACUCCUUUCAGUUCUUAACACUUCUUUUCAUUCAUACUGUCUUUCCUGUUUCAAUCAAUUUACUCCAAUCUCAUUUAAAAUCUGCUUUACACUGUGAUAUUUAUUCUUUCUAGACUUUUUCCAAAUGCACUAUAAAUAACUGUAUUAGUUUAAGUGACUUUUUGAAAGUGUAUUCUCUCUAUUUGCCUUUAAAAACAUAAGUACUCUCUGCCAGAUCACAGUUAAACAUGUAUUCUGUAUUUACUUAUAGUAAUCUAGAAUUUGGAAUUUUUAUACUCAUUCAUGGUACAAAUUUUAUUUUAGCUGUUAUUUAUUACUAUCUCAAUUUUAUACAACAUAUUUUAUGAAUCUUUAAGGUCCCACCAACAUCUUUGUGUCAUAACACGUUGUGAAAGCUGAGAAUAUAUUGCUACUGUUUGUCUUUUUAUAAUCUGAAUAAUUCAGCCUGUCUGUAUUUUUAAUAAGAUACUAUUGUUAUUCAGUUUUUGUACUAGUGAAAAUGUUUUCUAAAAGUUAUAAAUAAAGAAAAAUGUAAGUCA